AUGAAUCAAUGUUAUCAAGCCAAGACCGAUGUGAAACGUCGGGAGGACGUCUAUCUUUGCUCGGAGUGGAAGCACAGGAUUCACACCAUUAUCGGCCACCGCUUGCCGAACGCCAUUUAUCGCCAGUUUCACAAGUUGCAGCACCCCAACUCUGAGGUCUGCCGUCAUGCUCCGGAUUGCAUCUCCUGGAGCAAGAUCCAGAAGCAAUAUAUGCGACGCAAAGACAAGAUUGAUGCCAAGUUUCAACAAAUUGUCAGGGGAAGCCACCCCCUAGUUGAGGACUACUUCAUUCGCAGGGACAAUCGCCUCACGGGCUUGGUAUCAACCUGGUCUCUCUACUAUGCCGACCAGCAAUGCGUCCAAAUCAAAACUCACGUCGUCCAAACACCCCAUGACCAGCCUUGGAUGACUGUUAUCGAGAUUCUCGACCGAGGUGGAAAGCAGUUCGUCCCCCGUAGGGGAGGCAUGAGGGGUUUCUAA